AUGACCCCUCGACGAUCUUCAGAAUUGGACGUCACACCACCUUUACCGCUUCGCCCACCUACUCCACCAGGUCAUUCGCUUACUGGUGCGAGUCAAAAAAGGAAAAAAUCCCGUGAAGAAAAAGAAUCAUUUUUUUCAUUGUUUUGGUCAAGUUCUCGACCUUCUUCACCGAACCAUGAUCCUGGGCAUCAGUCUAUGAAUAAUCAACCAACUAGUUCCAAAGGAAAAGCUGGCCAUACACGUAAACUUUCAGCCGGCAACCUUAAAGCUGCUCUAACAGUACCUGACGAAGACGGGCCAAGAAGGAGGUCUUUUGAUUACGUUCAGUCUGAUAUGAACAAUCGAUAUUUCCCUCCUCCAGAAGAAAUUGCCCCAUUUAUGUAUCAAACUGCGGAAAGUGCACAGAGUUCAUCUGUCACUCUGUUUACUAAUUCUGAUUCAUAUUCCUCUAAACACAAGCGGACUAAGAGUUCAGAUAGCGAUACUAUUAGUGUGAUAUCUUCUGCUAGCAACCUUAUUGUCAAUUUACCUAUUAAAGAAGAAAGAGAAAAAAAGAAGAAUAUAUUUAAUAUUUUCAGGAAAGGCUCCAAGGAUAAAGAGUCCUCAGCACCUGAAGGAAUAUCUCGUAAAAAUUCAAAUUCAGAUUCUCAUCAGAAUUCUUUACUUACGCCUCAUGACCAGAGAGAUGAUCAUUUGUCUAAAAAUGAACACUAUCAUCAUCCUUGGAGAAAGAAGGAACAUAAAUCAGUAAAAAAGCAGAAGGAAACUGUCGCAUGUGAAACAAUAAACUUGAAUUUAAAUCCUGAUGACAUGAAAGACAUUAUAAAAACCGAAAAUCGGAACUCGAGUGUAUCUUAUAAAUUAUUGGAUGACUUUUUGCAAGAAAACCCAGCUAUAGAAAGGACCCAAUUUCCAUCGAAUAGAGCAGAAAAUUGGACUGCUCCUGAGUCAUGGGCAGUAAAUUUAUCUUAUGAUCAUGAAAUUCCGAUAGAAAAGGAUGUUCGUGAUAGUCCUAAUUUUGAAGAUAAAAAUGAUUGGAAACGAUUAUUUUGCAUUCGUAUAUUUCGCCCUGAUGCCACUUUCGGCACGGUUAAUUGUGGAUUGAAAACUACUACUUCUGAAUUAUGCCAAAUGCUUGGUAAAAAAUUUUUUAUCCAGGAUAUUUCAAAAUAUAAUUUAUAUGUGAUGAGACACAAUUUGGAACGUGUGUUAAAGUCUCACGAACGACCUUUGCAAUUACAAAAGAGAUGGUUAGAACAAGCGGGAUAUACAGUACAUGAUAAUUUGGAAGAUCUUGGUAGAGAGGAUAACAGCUACUUAGUUCGUUUUACCUUCCGUGAAACUACUGUACCAAGAUUUGAGGAAGAAGGCAACUUAUCUACUUUCCAACAUAUGGAUCUUCAAUCCCGCAAUUUACAAACAAUACCUAUAUUUCUUUAUCGACAUGCUUAUAAUAUUCAAUCAUUAAAUAUUUCUCAAAAUUUAAUGCUCGAUCUGCCUAUGGAUUUUAUACAGUCUUGUACACAGUUACGCGAGCUUCAUCUUUCACAAAAUGACUUGGAGCAUGUUCCACAAUCAAUUAAACAAACAGAAAUGCUUUCUUUUCUUAAUCUAAAUUCGAAUCGCUUGAAAGAAUUGGAACAUGGAUCAUUGGAAGUGAUUGGGGAACUAACAAAUCUUCAAGUCGAAAACAAUUUAUUACUAAGAUUACCAGAUAAAUUUGCAGAGUUUACGAAAUUAAGUAUCAUAAAUGUUGCCAACAAUUCAUUUUCAGUUUUUCCCCAAGUUAUUUGCAAUAUUGUGACGCUUUCAGAACUGGAUUUAAGUUAUAAUAAAAUCACCUAUAUACCAGAAGAAAUUGGAAAUCUUGUCAACCUUAAACGGUUGUUCGUUAUCGGAAAUCAAAUAACAGAUAAAUUACCUGAAAGCUUUCAAAAACUAAUUUCUUUGCAAGAAUUGGAUAUACGUCGUAACAAAAUAACAAGUCUAGACACGAUAUCUCUAAUUCCCAAUCUUGAAAUUCUUCUGACUGAAUUUAACAAUGUAUCAAUAGUGGACAUCUCCUCAAAAUCAUUGAAAAAACUUACUCUGUCCAAAAAUCAUCUUACUCAAUUCUCGUUGAAGGAAACGGGACCUUCAUUAAUAGAACUUUCAUUGGCAUAUGCAAAACUUGUUGCUUUACCGGUUGAGUUGUUUGAACACCUUUUAUCCGUUCAAAAAUUUGACCUUCGAAAUAAUCAGUUGACAUCAAUUCCAAAAACAAUUCAAUUUAUGACGAAUUUAACACAUUUAACAUGUAUAUGUAAUACUCUUCAGACAUUGCCAAGUGAAAUUCGUCAUUUAGUCUCUUUACAUACUUUGGACAUUCAUUUCAAUAAUCUUGCUUCUCUCCCACAAGAGAUUUGGCUUUGUCAAAGUUUAACCAUUUUAAACGCUAGUUCAAAUCUAUUGGAGCAAUUUCCAGCACCUCCAACCACAUUGUCAACCGAUCCUUCGUCACGUUCUCGUCAAUUUCCACUCAUUCGUUCACUUCGUGCUUUGUAUUUAGCUGAUAACCUUCUUACUCCUGAAAUAUUUCCCUAUAUUCCAUUGUUUUCAGAACUCGAGGUUUUGAAUAUCUCAUUCAAUAUGUUAGAUCAAAUUCCACAAGGAGGAAUUUCUAAUCCACAUUUAACAGAAUUAUAUCUUUCUGGGAAUCAAUUGUCAUCACUUCCAGAAGAUAUUGAAAAGUUAACUAGUCUGAGAGUUCUACAUGUAAAUGGCAACAGGUUAACAACAUUACCUGCCGAAUUGAGUAAAAUAAGAAAGUUGGUGGUUCUUGACGUAGGUAAUAACUUUUUGAAAUAUAAUAUCGCGAAUUGGCAGUAUGAUUGGAAUUGGAACUGGAAUCUUGAGCUUAAGUAUCUUAAUCUCUCGGGCAACAAAAGAUUUGAGAUAAAACAUGUACAUCAACAUGAAAUAAACCCGCUUCGAGGUCGGAAUUUAGCGGAUUUUGGAACGCUUACUGGUUUGAGAGUUCUUGGUCUCAUGGAUAUUACACUUUUAAAUUUUCUGGUUCCCGAAGAAAAUAAUAAUCGUCGUGUACGGACAUCAGCUUCGGUAGUAAAUUCUAUGAGAUAUGGUAUGGCGGAUACAUUAGGAAAGUCAGAUAAUCUUUCAACAUGGGAAGCUGUAACGCCAAAGUUUCGUGGAAAUGAAGACGAGUGUCUUUUUGUACUUUUUGAUGCUCGUGCUGGGUCCAAUCAAGGUGGUCAAGUUACCAAAAAUUUGCGCGAUUGGUUCUCCAUUCAUUUCAAAACUGAGCUCAACAAACUGAGGGACAAUGAUUCGGUAGAAUCUGCUUUGCGACGAUCUUUCUUGAGCUUAAAUAAAGAACUCGGUUCAAAAGAUACGGAAAGUGGAUAUCACCACACUUCGGGUAUUGAUGAUAAUAAGUCAGGUGCCUCUGGGUUAGUUGCUUAUAUUUCCGGAACUACAUUAUAUGUCGCAAAUGUUGGAGAUGCUGUGGCAAUAAUUAGUCGUGGAAAAAAAGCUUAUCCAGUCGCACAAUGUCCUGAUGUUUUUAGCGAAAUUGAAAGAAUAAGGCAAUCAGGAGGAUAUAUGUCGCACGAUUGCUUUGUUAAUGGAGAAUUGGAUGUGUCUCGAUCAUUUGGUCAUUUUCAUUUGACACCAAUUAUCAAUGCUAACCCUGUAACGGAGAUAGUUCAACUCUCGGAACAAGAUGAAUUUUUAAUCCUUGCUACUCGUGAAUUAUGGAAUUAUAUAACUUAUCAACUUGCAAUAGAUAUUGCUAGAACAGAGAAGAAUAAUCUCAUGUUAGCAGCUCAAAAAUUGCGAGAUUUCGCCAUUUCCUAUGGUGCAGAUAAAAAUAUUAUGGUAAUGAUUAUAGGUGUUGGAGAUUUGUUUGGCCGUCGUUUUUCUAAGCGAAUAACAGGAGGAUUGGAAAGGAAGGGUGAUGAAGUAGGUACAAUAAAAUUUUUUGGUAAUAACAGAUCCAAGAGAGCGCACACAUUGAGGAUCGAGUAA